GGGGUUGCAGCAGGAACAGCAGGAGUUGCAUUGUUCGAGGAAAGCAAAAUUAACCGUAGCUUUCAUAUCGUACGAAGUAAUAAGUUUGAUGCAUGCGGUGAAUUCCUGCAACGCAAUGGUGAACAUCAAUUAUGGACAAAAAAAAUUUUUCACGCUUUCGCUAGUAACUUCUGGUGCCAGGCCAGAUAAAAACAAAGAUGAUACUCUGGAUGCUGGUCUAAGGCUGCAUAUAUUUACAUUGGAGCCUCUCAAAGGUUCAGGUCGACUGGAUUUAUCAACAGUCCGAGUAGCGAUGGGCGCUGAAUUCACGAUGACAGGGGAGUUGGCCGCAGGCAGUGCGAAACUGUCGUCAACUGGUUCAGCACUAAGAUUUUCCAGAAUUACGAUUUCGUUGUUUGCAACCACAUUAUGGAUUUUGCGAGGUUCCUCGUUAGAUGUCACUGAAUCCGAUGGAUGUUUGAAGAGACCUACACUGGACAGAAUGUUCGCUUCGACGUCACAAAGAAAUGAUGAUGGUUUGCGGGCGUCUUACUAUAUCUCGUUACUUAUAGCAAAAUCCGGAAAACCGCAUACUAUCGGAGAGAAGUUAAUUUUGCCAGCCGUUGAAGAGGUUUUAAAAACUGUUUUACACAAACCUGCAUCUGAUAUCAUUAAAAGAAUUCCCUUAAGCAACAAUACUGUUGAAAGACGUAUUGAUGAAAUGAGUUCUGAUAUUGAAAGCUUCUUAUGUAAUUAUUUGCAAACGACCCAUUUCUCUAUACAACUGGACGAGUCAACUGUUCGUUUUAUUAUGAAUCAAGAAAUCUACGAAGAACUGCUCUUCGCAAGAACUUUGAUAUCCGACACUAAAGAUUUUGAAUCUAGGUUUGAGGAUAUUUUGACUAUGGUAAUACCACCGUGGAUAAUUAAUCCAUACGGUGACAUAGAAGAAACGAAUGUCAUAAUACAAGAGGAACUGACUGAACUAAGUACAAACGAAGAACUUAAGGUUCAGUUUAAAAACGGAUAUCAGCAAUUCUGGCUGCAAAACAACAUACCCGUAGCCAGUCUGGCUCUUCAUCGGGUCUGUGUUAAUCUGACACAUGUACCACCCUUCAUCGGAUUCCCUAACGUCUUUGAUGUGGAGAUGCCAGACGUUUUGCUCACUGUGAGACACACCGAUCCUGCUGUUCUUAGUGAUUACGUGAUUGUGGAUAGUCAGGAUUGUUUGGGUGUCCACUUUCAACCAAGCCACCUGGAAGUAAGAAGAAACACAAGAAACUAUUCUAUUAUGGCACUAACACGGAAGGACAAGAUAAUUGCCCUUCUACCACCUGCAUCUUCUGAUCUGAGUGACACAAGUGAAGAUGAAUAA